AUGCGCAUCUAUCACAAUAAUGACCCCAAUACGGCUGACCCGUUCAUCGCCACCACAUACGUAUGUUCCAGUGGACCUCUGCCCUACGACGAUAGAACCGCGGAGAAAGUCCCCAUCUCUGCACCAAUUUUUCGAACCGAUACGUUCCUCAUGAAACUCGUUCUCUUUGAGAAUUAUCCUGCACCAUCGAAAGAUACUGAGUUCCAACGUGUUUACAGUUGUCGACCCAACUUUCCCAAAAUCUACGCUGAACCGAUUGCAGACCGCUUAGGCCAAGACAAGUCGAAAGAAUUCCGAGAUAUUUGUAGAUAUGCGAGAUCAAUUGAGAAAGAGUUGAUUGAGAGUAUUGAAGGGAAAGGAAGAAUGGAUAGACCAUGGGUACAAUCUGUCGGUCAACUCACUGAGAAAUCUAAGCCUGAUGGAUUUAUUCGAGAUACCCAGAAGGCUCUGGAAGGAUUCACAAAGUUUGUCAAUGAUACUGCCAAAGAAUCGAUUACUGUCAACGGCAAAGAAUAUCAACAUUUCGUGUGGAGUCAAGAAGAACUUUUGGACAGAUAUGUCUGGAGGUCCACAAGGGGACAGACAUAUGAUUCGUUUGAUCAUGGUAUGUCCUGGCUAAAGGAGUUGAACCGUAUCAAACCUACGGAAGAUCUUGUCACAGACAUGAAUGCUCUGGGAAUCACGGACAAAGAUGAUGGUGAAAGGGGCGGAAAUGAGAGACCUACAUUUACUGUGGUGUCAAUUCCAUACAUCGAAGAAGGCAUUCAUCCCCAAUUUGAUAACUCAGCCUGCAAGGGGUUAAUCGGCUCGAAAGGCAAAUUACUCGUCAAAUAUAUUCAUAGUGGGUCUGGAGGUUCGAUCGAAGAUUGGUCCGCCAUGGAGAAAUUCAGAUGCAGAUUUGAAAAGUCUCUCCGGGAUACCCCACCUGAACAGGAUGAAGAGGUAUUAUCAAAGAUUAACCCCGAAGAGCUUGUUCGUAGAUCCAAAGAGUGGGAGCAAAGUAUAGAACAGUAUGUCAAAGAUAUUUUCAAUCAGAAUAAGUCAUGUAGACCUGAAAGUGUCUGGCAUAGGUCCAUAACAGGUAGCGACUUAGAUAGAUACAUGCCUGUGACCGCUCACAGACUUGGUGUGGUGGAUUGGGCACAUUACAGAGAUAAUGUACACACUUUCACUAGCUGGUACGAAAAUGAAUAUAAGAAAGCAUCACCAGAUCAAGCUCAGGACACAUCCGCUUCUGUGAUAUCGAAAGAAGAGGAAGAUGAUGAUUGUGAUGAUGAAUUUAAUUUGGAUGAACCUAUCUGGAAUGCCCUGGUAACAUUGAACAAAUCUUCAAGACACGAAUCUAUCUUCAUUCGCGAUCUACCUCAGAAACUAUCGGUGUCCAAGCACUUAUUCCCGUCAACAAUAUCGACCGAGAGUUCGGAAGAAGCCAAGUCAUCGCAAGUAUCAGUGGAUAAGUAA